AAUUGUAUAUAUUUAAAGACCUCUUAGUUGAAUUUACGUAUUUCCAUUGCGUUGCCCUUUGAACCCUAGCCUGACAAUUAGGGCCUAUUAAGUUUAAUCGUAACGUUUCAUCUACAAAAUGUCGUUCGAUCCAAAGCGCAAUGUGAAAUUCCUUUGCGGUCGAUUUGCAGGCGCUGUAUCCAUCUAUUUGCAUACCCGCCCACUGCCCCGUCCAUUCGCUCGCUCUCAUUGGCUGGUAGAAAAAGUUUUCAGCCCUCCGCUGCGCCAUGCUGCAUAAUAGUUGGCCAACUCAUAUAACCCUGUCCGAGCUCUGUCCAUGUCGGGCAACACCCCCAAAAGAAAUCAGAAACGCGACUUCCACAUGUGGUCAACAGUUUUUCAGUUCUUUUUUUUCUUUUUGGGUCCUACGGCGCUUUCGAGGGGGUGGCUAAUCAAACUAACCAGUUAUAUGAAACCCUUAUAACUGUGCAGCAAAAUAAAUGUCAUUCAACAUGAAAAAGUGUCAUGUAUUUGACGAAUAAUUACCGUCAACAUUGCGUGAUUGGCUGAAUCAAGCAGAAGGCGGCCUGUGGCGCUAUGAAUUAGAUUUGUUCCUAACUUGCUUAGGGCUGAGGCCAGAGCUUGGGUUGGGGUUGGCUUUUUGGAGCUGCCGUUUUUGUGUGUGUGUGACAAUAACCUAUAAUUACCUGGCAGUCAGACCUUUGGGUGCAGCUGAAGCCGCUCGUUCGAAUCAGGAGUACGCGCCGCAGGCUCAAAGACAACGCGGCCGUCGGCGUGAACGGUUGUCCCAAUAGUUUUUCUCCGGAACUCUGGGUGCUGCUCACGAUGUACUCGCCCGCUAAGUCGCCCAUUGUAGACGUAACCGAAACUAUCUCCCUGCACAGCGAACUGGACAUCGAACUGGAGCCCAGCUGCAACUCCACCUUUACGAUACCUGCAACGCAUAAUCUGCGCAUGCCGCUGCCUGGACUCGCAUUGCCCAAUCUGUUGGGCUCCAAGCCGAAUGGCAGUAUUGCUGCUGCCACGUUACCCGCCUUCGAAUACAUUGCGCCACCGAAUCAUGCGCUGCAAUCUUUCGACUUUCCGCUAAUGGAACUAAAUCGUGUGGGCAUGUUUCCGGGCUUUCUGCAUCGACGGUCCCGCGGCGAAAAGCGACCCAUACCAGAUGCCCAAAAGGAUGCCAAAUACUAUGAGCGACGCAAACGCAACAAUGAGGCGGCCAAGAAGUCAAGGGAUGCGCGCAAGAUCCGCGAGGAUCGGAUUGCGUUUCGUGCUGCGCUCCUGGAACAGGAGAACUCCAUACUGCGCGCCCAGGUGCUGGCCUUGCGCGAUGAAUUGCAGACGGUGCGGCAGUUGCUCGGCGCCACUGCGGGCGGCAUGCUGGGCGUGGCUAGGCAAGUCUGAGUCCAUUCCUGGCUAUCGAUGUGUACAUAUGUAAAUGUGAAGUUGUGUUUUGUGAUCUACAUUUAUAAA